CCCCUACGUCACUUCCACCCCUCCAAAAACAUGGCGGCCGCCAGUCCGUCAGAUGCAGUGCUUUCACUGCCCCAAAAUGUAGCUAUUAAGACCGAGCCAGAGACCGAGGACGGUCCGCUCUUUGUUCCGGAGAAUGUGCCUGUUAAGCGGGAGCCCGCCGUCCCGCUCCUGUCCCCGGUGAGCGGUCUGCAGCCGCUCGCCUGGUCGCAGGACCACCGCCUGGCUGUCUGCACCACCAGCUCCCUGUCGCUGAUGGAGCUGGUGUGCGAUGUACACAGCAACAAACAGGACCUGACGCUGCACAGGACCUCAAUACCCGUCCCCAACGAAGCAUACAAAAUGCGGGUAGGACCAGCAGCGGAGCUAGCUCAAGCAGUGGAGAAGUUCACCACACAUCCGGACCCCACAGUAAGGCAAGUUUUUUUGGCUGACACAGUGAUGAACCCAGCGGUAGGAGUGCAGAAAGGAAUAAAAUAUGCCAGUUGGUCUUCGUUAGGUUGCGACUCAAGUGGACGCUGUCUGCUCGCUUGCCUAACACUUGAUAACAGACUCACCAUUCAUAACAGCCAUAAGCGACUCGAGUGGAACAUGCUCGUCGAUCUCACCAAAAAGUACAGUGAGAGGCUAAAAGAGCGAGGCUACGCCAAAAAAGACAACAAGCCCCCACAGGCAAACCUGCUGGACUUUGACGAGCUGCAGCGGCGCUUCCGUAUGCAGACUCCUCUGAGAAUGGAGUGGUCGAGCGUUUACACGAUCAAACAGGUUCAGACGGACAACACGUGCGUAGACGUGGAGAUGGUCCUCCUCUCCGUAUUAAUGGAAAAUGGUGACCUCGUGUUAUGGAAGUUUGUGUUGCCCUUCAUAAACGGGGCAGAUGUCAUGUUUUAUGAUAUCAUCGAGUCAGGUGUGACUAGACCGAGUAACCUGGCCUGGUGGGAGUAUGAAAGCGCAGAUCGCCGGAUGAGUGGACUGAUCAUCGGCAGUGAAGUGGGACCUGUCAAGAUCAUGCCGGUCAGCCUGUCUGGAGUAAAGGGCUACUUCACCCUCCGGCACCCUGUCAUUCUCUGGAAGGAGUGCGACGAAAUUGCUGUUGAGAACAUCAAAUGUGUCCCAAUGAUCCACCCGAUCCAGAAAUCCAGUUGCAGCCUCAUCGUGGCCUCACGCGGCUGCUACGUCUUUUGGUGUUUGCUCAUGAUUUCGCCGGCCGGACUAAACGUACACAAUUCACAUGUGGCAGGGCUGCACUCGCUCCCUGUGGUCUCGCUAGCAGUCAGUCAACAUGGUGUCACGGUGUACACGUGUGCCACAGACGGGUGGAUUAAAAAGCUGACACCAACAUUUACAGAGAACACUUUGAUUUUUAAACAAGAGGACAUGCUUCAACCGGAAAACGUUACAGGGAGGAGGAUACAUGGGAUUGCGGUAAGCCGCAAUGGAGCAUAUAUUGCGCUUGCCAGCACACAAGGUAUGGUUGACGACUUUCAUCCUGUUAACAGGACAUACCAGGUUCACUUUGUGACCCUGAAAACGCCAGAGAUGGCCACAGCACUGCUGCUCAAGUCCCCUACACAGAGCUUGUACAAAAUGACUGACCUGCUUGACCUCGUCAGGUGGCAAAUUCUCAAGAACAAGUGCAUCCCUGCGUCACUGCUGGAAGAACUUGAUCGAAAGAUCCAGGAAGUAGACUCACCCUACUUUUGGCGUUUCAAGCUAUUUUUGGUGCGUAUGCUGUACCAGUCACUACAGACACCACCCACAGACAACCGCUGGAAGCCCACACAUGAGGAGAGCAAGGUGUUUGUCAGGGACGAGGAAGAGGAGGAUGGAAAAGAUGAAGAAGAUGGCUCACAAGAAGAAGGCGAGCCUGGUGGAGUAAAGCAGGAGGCCAAUCAGGAAGAGCAGAUGGCGGAGGUGCAGGCUUGGAUCAAUGCUGUUGAGACCCACCUGAUGAGGGAAAACAUAAAGAAGGUGCUGGGGGUGGUGUACCUCAACACCUGGAUUACUCAGAACACCAGCAUACCCACCUGUGGCCUGAUGGAGUACCUCUCCAAGGACACUAACGACAGAGCUUCAGAGGUCCUGAUUGGCCACAUCAAGAAAAAGAUGAACAAGCAGACGUUCUUGGAGCGCUGCAGCCUGUGUCAGGCAGCGCUGCCCUUCUCGGACCACAAACAAGCAGUCUGUAAAAACGGUCACAUGUGGCUCAGGUGUGUGUUGUCAUACCAGGCCUGCCAGACGCUGACGUUCAGACGUUGCCUCCUGCUGGAUAGCAUCGCCAGACUGCCACAGCCUGAGGAUCCAGAGUGGAUAAAGAAGUUACUGCAGGCGCCGUGCACGCUCUGCGACUCGCCCAUGAUCUAGAGCCGAACCGUGGGAGGAACCUCAGGGCUUCCCUGCGACCUUCAGAGCUCCCCACUCUGAUGCAGGGUCCAAUUUUGUUAGACAUCACUGCUACAAUUUUUUAUUUCAUGUAUUUUGUUCAUGUUUUUAUCCCUUUAUAUUGGUAUCUUAAAAUGCAAAUAAAAGGCUUUGAUUAUA